AGGGACAAUUUAGAAACUGAGAUGCAAACCUGCAACUGUCAUCCUGAGUGGGAACAGACAUUUCUAUUUGAUGGCAUAACAUUAUCAGAGGUAAAUAUCAGGACACAGAACAUUUUGAAAUGUUUAUUCAGAGCAGAGACAAAGUUCAAUACAUUAGGAAUAUAUUAGAAUACCAUGCUCCAUUCUUGAGUGGAGAGCUGUGUUUGGAGACUAUCACUGCUGUGGAGGUAAAACUGAGUGUAUUUCAGGAAAUAGGCCUAAGUAUUCAUGGCAUUAUUAUGCUGAAAAAACGUCCAACAAAAUUUGAAGUAAAAAAUGUUUAAUAAAUGGAUAUUAAAUCAAGCCUAAUUUUGCAGUGGUUUUAAAGAUAAGAAUGAUAAAAAAAAUCUUAGUAAUAUAUGGAUGACGAAUGAUAAACAUCUCAUAUUUUGUAUAGCAUAUUAUAUUAACAUCAUUACCAGCAAAUUUGUUUAAAUAAAGAGUUUCUCAUUUUAAUUUAACAACUGAAGAUACAGAAUUAAGAUCAUAAGACUUAGUGACCAGAUUAGAAUUUUAAAUAUAAUUUUUAAAUAAUUAAAACAAGGCCAAUGUUCACUUUACAUGUUCAAAGAUAUGAUGCCUAUAUUGGUACACAUAACUUAAAUGUUCUACUCACUGAACACAGCUCACGAGUAAGGCUCUUCAGCUGACUGUAUGGAGUUAUGAAGAUAGAUGUGAUUUGUUUAUUGGCGAAGUGCUGUUAGAUCUGGCUCAGGCACAGUUGGACAAUCAGGUGAGAGUUCACUGGGUCUCUCAAUGGCAGAUUUUAGAAAAUAUUUAGCAGUAUAAGAAAUGUAAAGAAGUUUGUUUGUCUAAAAUUAAAUCCUUAAAUAUGAUAGGCCCAUGUUCAAUGUGCAUUAAUUAAUCUCUUGUAAAAUGUUAAUAAUUCUAAGGCCCAGUGGUUUAGUUUAGAAGAGCAUGAUGAAAACAGUGCACCACUUCCUCACCGUAGAAGUAGCCACUCAGCCAGUCUCUCAGCCAGCUUAACUAGUGGUUCUUUUAAAGACUCAGCCUUGUAUAGUCCUGCAGUUUCCCCAGAAGUGCCUUCACACAGACAGCAUCAACACUCGCCUUCUUCUGUUGGUGAGAAAUAUCCUAAAAAUGCUUUUAUAAUCAUUAAAAUGGUAACAAGGAAAAUACUUUUCUUUUACUCUGUGAUUUCUUUGUUGUUGAAAUUUCCUUAAAACUCACCUAAAUUUUUAACAUUUUGGUACAUUGAGUAAAAUGAUGUAAAUGUAUGCAUAGAGAAUUAACUUUUAAUCUUGAAUAUGUAGCAAACAUUACUAUUGCAUUCCAAUUAUUUUUAAGAUAUUUUAAGACUUAUUAAAGAAUUAUUUUAAAAUGAUUUGUAUGUUGCCUAAUUUUAUAAUUUAAUAAACAAUAACUCUGUUACAUUAUUUAAUUAGGAUCUAACAAUGUUUCCCCUGUGCCUUCUGGAACUUCUCGAGUUGGCUCAAGGGAGUUCCAUUUAAACAGUGGUUAGUGUAUACUUAUUGAUCUAAAAAAAUUAUAUUGAAUUUAAUUAUAACAUGGCUAAUUAGGAAAUAGGACACUGGCACAUUCACUUAUAUUGUAAAGUAGCCUACUUUUGAAAGAUAAAGUACUUUUUUUAAAGUUAACAUAUCUUUGCAAAUUUAAAAUUGAAUUUAAAAGAAACAUUUAUUUUAAUCUCAUUAUAUGAAUAAGUUAUACAUAGUAAAACUUUCAAUUUUAAUUUUAGUUUCACAGCCAGACAGCUUUACAACCAAAGUGAGAAAGAAAAUGAGGACAACAGUUUCAAAGAUGGCCUCACUUUCUUUAACAGAAAAAAAAGAAAAUGCAGGUUUGUAGCAAAAAAAAUAUUUGAAAAGCUUCAAAUAUACCAACCCCCCUUUAGUCAAAAUGUUUAAAAAAAUUAAUGAAAUUUUAAAAAACAUGGCUCAUCAUCAGAAGUGUAAACUGUGUGAAAGUAAAUUUAAGAGUUAAAUUAUUAUAAUAUUAAGACAUUCUCAGAAUAAUAAUACUAAUAAUUUUUGCUGUAGUACUUACAUUUUUUUAGAAGUUUAGGUCACAUAAUUGGGAUUAAUAUAUCAUGGCCUAACACGUCGAUAUCAACAUAAAUGGUAAAUAAUAACAUUUUUACAAUGCUUUUUAAUAUUAACCACCUGUAGGUUCUGAUGAAAGCUCUCACAGUGAGAUCAAUCGCAGGCCUUCAGAUAAGAGUGAUAAAGGAGCACCCUUAUCAAGGAGUCCCAACGCUAUGAAGAGAAGACAAAACUCAUGUAAGCUGCUUGAUUUCUUCUAUAAUCAAUGUUAUAUGUAUAGUUUCUUCAUUGUCAAAUAAAAAAAGGUGGUUAUCUUGAUCCAAAUCUGUUGAUAAUGCUUUAAUUUUAAAUGUCAAAAUUCAUCCCCAACAAAUACCUAAAAUAGUAAAUUAAUAAUAAUAAUAAUGACAAUACUUAUACAAUUACUUAUCUUGUUUUAUAAGUUAUUUUUAUUAUGAAGCAAGUAUUCUUCUCCCCACCAUUUGUCAACCAAUUUGAUCUUCAAAUAUAAAACAGGCGUAUUACUCACUGAUUACACAAAGUAGUACAAAGAUUAAAGACUAUUUCAUACUUCGGAUCAUAGUAAUAUUGUCUCCCAUAAGUGUUGUUGCCUAUGUAGUAGCUUAUUAUUGUUUUCUGUUUAUGUAUGUGAAAAUAUCUUCAUUUUAGAUAAUGAAUUAAUUUAUUGUUUCAUAUAUCAUAUUUGUAAUAGCUGAAUUCAGGAAACUAAAAUAAAUAAUUAAGAUCUUUAGUUUAUUUGAAAAACUGAACUGAAACGCAUUUUCCAUGAAUAUAAUUUUAAAAAAUUUUGGGUUUAAAUUCUCUUUAUUUUUAAAAUCAUCAGUGUCUGCAUAUAUGUUUUAUUGUCACAUCUUUUCUCAAUUGUAUACUUUUACAUAUUGUAAUGCUGUAUAAUUAUUAUCAUAAGCUUUUGUAUCCCCAAUAGUAAAUAUUUUGUUUGUUUUUAAACACACUUUCAUUUAUAUUUGUUUAGUGCUGUUAGAUUAAAUGAACACUAACGCAUGAGUUAUUAAUGAUUUCAAUGUCUUUAAAUGGUCAAAACUAGCCCAACCUAGUGAACGCUUCAAGAUGGAUGCAUUGAGUUCAUUGUCAAUUUCAAGUGGUAACAUAUUUUUUUUAUUGUGAUUUUUUUAAAAGAAAAUAUUAGUAAACAUUGAUUAUGCAACUGAUUACAUGUAUUUCAUAUUUAAACCAUCUGAACUGUAAUUAUUAAAAACAAAUGGUUAAUCAAACUGACAAAACCAGAGUCAUGCAGAGGAGUUUUGGCCUCAACCUUUCCUCCCUUAAGGAUUGAGGAUCCAAAAAAUUUGCUCUGCCAGUGUAAAAGCAUGUGACCACUGUGCUUAAAUUUGAGAAGACCAGAUGUGCAGAAGCUAGCUCAAAUCGGAAAAAAUUAUAAAAAUAUAUUUGUAUACUAGUUUAGAAGGGUCUUUUCAUGUUAUCGGCACAGUAAUUAUUAUAUUUAAUAAAACUGUUAAGACAUCUUUUUUUAAAAAUUGUUAUCUACUUGCUCACAAUAUUGCACUCUUUGUCUUGGGGAUUCAUUAUAUCAAAAUACUGGGUCUCAGUUAAUGAACAUGGGGUAUCAAGUAUGACACAUGUCUUACUUAAAUUAAUAGUUUCAUUAUCAUAUAAUCAAAUGGAAGCCAAGUAAUGCAAUAAAUGUUUUAUUUUAUAAUUGAUAUAAUGUGGAAAAACAUUAAAGGACAACAACAAAAAAAUCCUUCAUUUUAAAAAGGAGAUAGAAAUAUUUUACUUUAUAAAAAUAUUAUUUUAUUCAAUACAAAUUUGAAUAAAUACAAAAAAAUUAUUAGUGGAUACAUAUUUACACAUUAAGUGAUGAUGUGUACAUCAGAAAUGCAUUUAUGGUUUUGUGGGGAAAAAAAAUCAUAAUUCAUUUUACUCUAGCCCACAUCCCUUUCCUCCACCACAGCUAAGCAAUAGUUUUUCUUUUUAUAUCAUAAGGUUAUACAGACAAUAUUGAAAAAAAAACUUUUGCCAGGGCAUUCAAGCUUAGAAUAGUAUUCCUCUUUAAACAGGUUUAUUUAAAUAAAAAGGUAAAUAGUUUAAUACCUAGUUUAUCAUGCUAGUUUAUUCACCUAAUAUUUUGUGCAUGACAGAUCACAGUAUGGAUCUCCUCGCCCCACCUCAGCCACCAAGUAGAACUAACAGCAGUUCAAGUUUUUUUCUUUCUGAAGAUGAAGAAACUCAUGGGAGGUGAGUCUUCCUAUACGAAAUACUUCUUCAUCUGAGAUUUUUUUUAUGCUAUUGGUAUUUCUUAUGGUAAAUUACCUGUACUUUUUAACUCAGUGUUAUUUUACUUUUCUUGUUCGAACCCAUGGUUCCUUGAAAAAAAUAAUAACAUGACUAAUUUUGAUGUGUGUUUAAUUAACUAACAAUUAAAUCAAAUAAAACGAAGAAAAAAGUCCAUUCAUAUAGCAUUAGGUCAUAUAAUUCAUUUUUUACUUACAUUUCGAUUAUUGAGGAACUCUGAAAUUAUUGGACAGUUUUUUCAAUUGGCCUUUCAGUAAUGAUAAUGCUAUUGUCAGUGAUAUUGCAUACUGGUACUGAAAUUGCUUACUUUUUAUGUUGUGGGCUUUUGAACACAUUAGAUUUACAAGUCAAAUCUAAAACUAACUCUGUAUAAUAACAUAUUUUCCAGUGUUUCAUCUGCAACACCUGAUCGCCCUCCUCGAGAAGGGGAUGACAUCACCACUAUUUUAGGUCCUGGCCAGAUAGCACCAAAGCCUUCAGCUGGUUAGUGUUAUUUCAGUCAAUUAAUCAGAUUCAGAGACUUUUUAAAUUAUCUUAACUUUUCAAUUUUUUUAAUUUUGAUGAUUCUUAAUAGAGACAACAAAUUACAUCAUUUGAUUUAUAAAAACACUUCUUAAUAUUGUAAUAUUAACUGGUUAAUUCCUCAGAAUGUUAAAUUGGUGUUGGAUUUUGUACAAAUAAUAGGAUAAAUAAUUAUUUAAUUUACUGUAAAAACUAUCUACUUCUACAUCAUAGAUGCACCUCAAUACAUUUUUAUAAAUUGAGUCAUUGAUUUACCUGCAAAAUUUCACAACAGAAACUACUGUGUGUGGAGAUAUCAAACUAGGCUUUACAGUGUCCAAAGGUCAACUUGAAGUGGAUAUUGUCUGUGCAGCAGGACUUCAUAAAUCUGGUCAGACUCAACCACCAGGUAGACUAAAGUUGUUUUUAAAUUAAACUACUGGCAAGAUUAAGAAAAAAAAAAAAAAGAGCUGUUGACCUUCUUCUGCCCUUUCUUUGGAAUAUUUAAACAUUUUGUGUGUGCUGAAAGUAGAAUAAUGUGACAUUAAACAAAUAAAUUAUUGUUUUUUUUUAAAUUUAAUUUCAGAUACAUAUGUAAAAACCUAUUUAGUGGAGGGAAAGAAAGUCAUACAGAGGAAGAAAACCUUGGUUGUGAAGGCGACAUUUGACCCAGUCUAUCGGAAGAAAAUUAAAUACUCGGCUUGUAAUGUCCAUGGCAGAAUAAUGAAGGUAUGCCUGUUAGCCAGUUGUGACUAAAUUUAGGUACAAAAACAAUAAAUCCUACACCAAAGUUGAAAAGACUGCAUGGAAUUCGGAAAAUUUAUUCAAAAUGUUCUCUUUCAGCGAAAGUAUCUUGGGUUUAAGGGUCCAAGAGUUCUCAGACUGUCCUUGGCCGAAAUGGCUUAGAAUAAUAAUUGAGCUGUUAGAAAUUUUAUCGCUGCCAGAUAAAUCUUCUUAAAAAAAAUAAAAGCAUUAAUUGUUAGUAUCAAACAAGAACAUAAACAUUGAUUUUUAAAUCAUAUUUUUGAUAUCAGAGAGUUUUUAAUGUCAAUGUAUUAUUUACAUUAUUUAGUUUAUGCUAGAAAACCAUUGCUUAAUCAAUUUUUAAAGAUAUAUUUUAACUUAUUAAAAAUAUAUAUGAAAUUCUAUUAUUAUCAUCAGAUAGACAUUUGGGAACGAACUGGGAGUUUUGAGAAAAAGUCUUGUCGUGGUGAAGUCCUGGUCCGACUUGAUGGCCUUGACCUUUCUAAACACACGGUUGCUUGGUACAAGCUGUUCCAGAUCAACUCAACAGAUUAUGGCUCAGAUGAAUUCCUGAAUUCCUGGUGAUUAUUUGACUUUAUAAUCACUGUGAAUUUCUCAAGGUCACUAAGCAAAGUACAUUUUGAGAACUGCAUACAACAAAGGCAUUAUCUUCAUGAAUUAAAAAAAAAAAAUCUUCGCUAAAGAAUUAAUAGUUCUAUUUUUCUACCACUAUCGAUGCAGCUGGCAUAAGGCUGGACAAAAGAAAUGGCAGGAUAUGUCUAAUCUGUUGUGAGAAAUGCUUGUACUAAGGACAUGGAAGUUUAAAUAUAAAAAUUAUCAAAGUGACAAUUAAAUGUGAUGCUAAUGGUGUUGUUGUUUUUUUUUUUAUGAUGGCUUAUUUAUCAUAAAGCCCCUACUCAAUGCAGCUUGAAUUCAUAGCGCCAUGUGAACUGCUGUUGAUGUGCACAGACUUCUGAAAAAGAGUGGCAUUUACAUCAUUAUAUGCAAAUAGAGUUGCAGUGUGUCUUGACAAGCAUAUGUAUUAUGCUGUGGCAGGGAUAUUUUGUUAAAUCUUGAUCCCCAACACGGUGUAAUUAUGUGAUGUUUCAGAUUCUAUUUUAAGGUUUUGGUAUGUACUUUCUUGUUUUUUUUUUAACGUUUUAAUUUUACCUGCAAUUAUCAUCAUAAAUGUCCGUACUUGAGGUUGAUUAUAACUAUACACUUUAUCUCUAUGGUUGCAUUUAGUUACUGGAUUUUACUAUAUUUCUUGAGUGCAUUUUGACUUCCUCUGGUAUUAAUUUAUGCUAAUGUGUUGCUUUAACUGUAUCUUGACUUUCACUGUCUAUAUCUGUAAUAAAUCUGACUUUAUUAUAUCAGUAUCCCUGAUCGUCAGCUUCUGACUAAUGUAAAAUAUAUUGGCAGAAUGCUAUUUUUAAAAAAAAAUGUUGGAAUUGUUUUAGCGGGUGGUUUUGAAACUGAGAGCAAUUUUUUAAUGCUCUGGAUUAAAAAAAAACAACUUUCUUUUAAUCUUCAAAGGGAAACCAGUUCUGAGGAUUUCAAGUGUUGCUAUAAUAUUUAGUAUUUUAGCAUCUCCUCUAUGUAUGAAGAAGCCCUGUAUACACAUUUUGAUCGCAAAUAAUCCUUAUGUCAAAACUUCCACAUUACAUCCUGGACAUUUGUGGACACCUCCUAAUGCCUUCUAAGACUACAUUCAAAGGCUAUUUUGACAUUUUAAAAAGCUUUAAAAACUAGAAUUUCUUUUGUUAUGAAUAAUGUUACUUGAGAUCAUCAUUUCUUAAUGCCUCAUAAACAUAUAAUAAAAUGUCUUUCUGUCAUUCUGGAUGAAAUGGCCAGCCUGGAAGCAAAAUCCAAAUUUUUUAUUUUUGAGAUUCAUUUACCUCCUAAUAAAUCGUAAAAAAGCCAAACUACAAACUUUUGACAAUUUGUUAUUUUAGGUGGAAAGAAAAUUAUCUUUGCACCCAGCUAGUAAAAAGAAAAACUAGACUACACCAAUGCAACACUUGUAAUAACAUGGCUUAGCAUUGAAGAAAAUAAGGUCUUUAAUGUAAAGAAAAUUAUCAGUCUAAAAAUAAUGUAUAAUUUCUUGUAAUGGUUUAAGUUCUAUGGCUGCCAUAAUUUUUUGCUUUCACAUUCAUUACUCAAGAUUUCUUCAGAUCUCCCCUCCCCCAACCUCCCAUGCACAUGUAUUAUAUGGAUGGCCCUAAACAUGCUAUGAAGAAGAUCAGCCAUCAAGAAAGCCGAAGAGGUUUUUUAAUGCAAUUAUAGCAGCAUAUGAUGUAUCCAGACUGUGCGAUUGUCAUGAAUUUCCAAAGGUCUGCACAUUUUACAGUAAACUCUCCCUAAACAUCAUUUCCUAAUCAGGGCUAACACCAAAUCCCCCCCUCAUUAUAGAUGGAUGACCAAUAGUGGUAUUUUUUCUUGCACAACAUAUCACAGGCAUUUUUUGUGUGCUCUUUGUUUUGCUUAGGCAAGCAGAUGAUGUGAUUGAAGUUUGAUUAAUUUAUCUACAAUUCUAGCAGAAUGUGGUGAUAAACUUUACCACACCAUGCCACUGAUUCCUUCCAGAACAUUCAUGAUUGAGCGCCAACUUUGUUGUGUAAUUUAUUAAAUUUUGUUUUGUGAGAUUUUGUUUUGGGGUUGCUCUGCUUUGAUUUUAUUGUACUGAUCACAUUUUGAUAACGACUUCUCUCUUCAUGUACAGGAC